AUGAGGCCAAUCGAGCUUGUCGGUCGGUCAGGCGCCGCCCUGAGGAGGGCCUUCCAAGCCCAACAACUUCGCCGUGUUGCCGUAAGCACGCGACCAUACUCCAGCGCCAGCCCCAAUGGCACGCUGCCCCCAACAUAUGAGAAGCUCUACAGCAAGUAUUCGGAAGUGCGCCGUGUCUUGGGCGCCCAGCGCCUGACGCUAGCCGAAAAGAUCCUCUACAGCCAUCUGGACAAUGUAGAGGAGUCGUUGCUCAGCAAUACCAACAACGGCAAGGAUAUCCGCGGCAAGGCCAACCUCAAGUUGCGCCCGGACCGCGUCAAUAUGCAGGAUGCUUCGGCCCAGAUGGCUCUUCUGCAGUUCAUAUCCUGCAAUGUGCCCCGCACCGCCAUCCCCGCCAGCAUUCACUGCGACCACCUGAUCAUUGGCGAACGCGGUGCUGAAGAGGAUCUGGCAGCGGGUAUCAACACGAACCAGGAGGUCUUCGACUUCCUUGAGUCGUCGGCGAAACGCUACGGUAUCGACUUCUGGCCUCCUGGUGCCGGUAUAAUUCACCAGACUGUCCUUGAGAACUAUGCCCUCCCCGGCAUGAUGAUGCUGGGCACCGACAGCCACUCCCCCAAUGCUGGUGGCCUCUGCACUAUCACCAUUGGUGUUGGUGGUGCCGACGCCGUCGAGGCUCUCGUUGGUGCCCCCUGGGAGCUGAAAGCCCCCAAGAUUCUGGGUGUCAGACUCACUGGCCAGCUCAAUGAUUGGGUCUCUCCCAAGGACUUGAUCCUGCACCUGGCUGGUCUCUUGACUGUGCGCGGUGGCACCGGCUACAUUGUUGAGUACUUCGGCCCUGGUGUCGAGACUCUCAGCUUGACUGGCAUGGCCACCGUCUGCAAUAUGGGUGCUGAAAUUGGCGCGACCACCUCUAUCUUCCCCUUCACUGAGGCUUCGGCCCGCUACUUGAAGGCGACCCGCCGCGAGCAGGCUGCCAAGGAUGCUGCUCUCUUCCAGACCUGGCCCGGCGCCGGUGCGGCCGAGGAUGCCUACUUCCGCUUUAAAGCCGAUGAGGGCGCUCAAUAUGACGAACUUAUCGAGAUCGAUCUGUCCAAGCUUGAGCCUCACCUUAAUGGUCCCUUCACCCCUGAUCUGGCCAUUCCUCUAUCCAAGUUUAAAGAGACUGUUCAGAAGGAGGGCUGGCCCGAGAAACUCUCUGCUGGCCUCAUCGGCAGCUGCACCAAUAGCUCGUACGAGGAUAUGACCAAGGUCGAAAGCAUCGUGCGGGCUGCCCACGAGGCUGGCCUCAAGCCCAAGGCCGACUUCUACAUUACCCCUGGCAGUGAGCAAAUUCGCUCGACCCUCGAGCGCGACGGCACCCUCGAGACAUUCAACAAGGCCGGCGGUAUCCUCCUAUCUAAUGCUUGCGGUCCUUGCAUUGGUCAGUGGAAGCGCCAUGACGGCAUUGAAAAGGGCACACCCAACGCCAUCCUGACCUCCUACAACCGCAAUUUCCGUGGCCGCAACGACGGUAACCCAGCCACCUUGAAUUUCCUGGCUUCACCUGAGAUCGUCACCGCCAUGGCCUACGCCGGCUCGACGACCUUCAACCCCAUCACCGACACCAUCACCACUCCCGACGGCAAGGAGUUCCGUUUCCCGUCCCCACGCGGCAAGGAGGGCCCCGAGACGCCCUUCUCCCAAGGCCGCGAGACCUUCCGUGUUGCCUCUAACCCCCCUGAUCCUUCCGUUCCGGUCGCCAUCUCCCCCAGCUCAGAGCGUCUCGCUCUCCUCGAGCCCUUCGACCCCUUCCCGGCCGGCGACCUGACCGGCCUGCGCGUACUGGUCAAGGUAUCCGGCAAGUGCACCACCGACACCAUUUCCGCGGCUGGCCCCUGGCUCAAGUAUAAGGGCCACCUGCCCAAUAUCAGCGCCAAUACGCUCAACACGGCCGUCAACGCCGAAACGGGUGAAGUGAACGCCGCCUACGACCAUCCGCUCGACGGCAGGAAGUACACGAUUCCCGAGCUGGCCCGCUUGUGGAAGGAGCGUGGCCAGGCAUGGCUCGUCGUCGCUGAGCAUAACUAUGGCGAGGGCUCCGCCCGUGAGCAUGCCGCCCUGCAGCCGAGGUACUUGGGUGCCAGGGUGAUCGUGUGCAAGAGCUUUGCGCGCAUUCACGAGACGAAUCUCAAGAAGCAGGGUGUGGUGCCGCUUACUUUUGAGGAGCCCGAUCGGGAUUAUGAGAGGAUUGGGGCGGGUGAUAUCGUCGAUACCAUUGGGUUGUAUGAGAUGCUACAGAAUGGCGGCAAGGGUGAUGUCAAGCUGCGCGUGACGAAGCAUAAGACGGGCGAGGUGUUUGAGAUCCCUGUUAAGCACCAGGUCAGCGAGGACCAAGCUAAAUUUAUCCUGGCUGGUAGCGCGCUAAAUCUGUUGGCGAAGAACGCGGCGCUGAACUGA